CUACCUCUUACUAACUAGCUAACUAACUAACUCUACCUCCUUUUGCCCUCCAACUACCAUUACUACGUCUUACUAGCUAGCGAAUUAACUAUCUAACUAACUAACUCUACCUCCUUUUGCCCUCCAACUACCUUUACUACCUCUUACUAGCUAGCUAACUAACUAACUACCUCCUUCUGCCCCCCAAAUACCAUUACUACCUCUUACUAGCUAGCUAGCUAACUAACUAACUAACUCUGCCUCGUUUUGCCCUCCAACUACCAUUACUACCUCUUACUAGCUAGCUAGCUAACUAACUAACUCUACCUCCUUUUGCCCUCCAACUACCAUUACUACCUCUUACUAACAAACAAGCUAUCUAGUUAGCUAACUAACUCUACCUCCUUUCCCCCUCCAACUACCAUUACUACCUCUUACUACUCACGCCUACCAGUUACUAGUUCUGCAAUCGUGACUCCUUUUGGCUACUCAUCAUCAUAACUCGUCACACCAAGACUAUUCGCUGUACUAGUCCCAAAGCUACCUGGUACAACACUGCAUUCUCGCAGUAUUACUACUACCCGCUACUACUAAUUUAAUCCAAACCCUUCCUUACUACUACUGGUACUACUACGUCCACUGCGACUUACUGCCACGACUGCGCUACCGAUCAAUCCAAGUCCAAACUAGCAGGCAUUCAAGCACGUUUUAUGGUCUAAUCAGUAUUCGUUUUAGUAAUAUUCAUUCAUCACUUUCGGGUUCUCAUCGCACUGGUCUGUAACGGGAACCGGAUAAGGGCACUCCACCCUUGGCGGGAUCCUCGAGGGUCCGUGGGAGGUCGCCCGUGUGUUCCGCGGACUUGGAGAAUGCGUUCGACCGUGCGUGUCCCUCGGGGAGUCCUGUGAGGGGUUUUUUUGGGAGUAUGAUACUGAUACGGGCCGUUCGGCCCCCGUACCACCGGUGUCGUGGUUUGGUCCGCAUUGCCGGCAAUAAGUCGGACUGGAAUUCCGGUGAGAGUUGGACUCCGCCAAGGCUGCCCUUGGUCACCGAUUUUGUUCACAGCUUUUAUGGAGAGAAUUUCUCAGCAGAUGAUGGGAUUCUGUCUGAAUGUCUAUUCUUGUCGCAUCAGCAAAGUGUUCAUCUCUCACCUCCACGGCGAUCACGUGUUGGGUCUCCCGGGCCUCCUCUGCACGGUCAGCCUCAACUCGACCUCCGACCCCGAGCAGAGCGUCAAGUGCGUAGACGUGUUCGGGCCCCGCGGCCUCCGCCAUUUUCUGCGGGUGACGCUGGGCCUGACGAGCUCGCAGCUGCUCUUCCCUUACGCCGUUCAUGAAUUGGAGCCCACACCAGACCAAAGUCCAGAAGAGGGUCGGCUCAGUCCCGAGGCGACGACGGAGCGCGGGCCGCCGCUCCCGCAGGAGCGACCCGGCAGAAACAUCCCAUUGGACGCCUCGUCCGACGCUUACUUCCUCUUUGAAGACGACAAGUUUGCGGUGAAAGCCUUCAGGCUCUUCCACCGCGUUCCCUCGUUCGGGUUCUGCGUGCACGAGCGCGACCGACCCGGAAGGCUCAAGACGGAACUGCUCAAACAGAUCGGCCUGAAGCCCGGUCCGCUUUACGGGCGUCUCAAAGCGGGUCAGGAGGUUCUCCUGGAGGACGGGCGCGUGAUCUCGCCCGCCGAGGUUCUGGAAGAGAACAUCCCCGGGAGGAAGGUGUGCAUCCUGGGGGACUGCGGCUCGGCGCCCGGGGGCGGCGGCCUCGCCCUCUGCCGGGGGGCCGACCUCCUGAUCCACGAGGCCACCCUGGGCGAGGCGUACGCGGACAAGGCGCUGGAGCGCGGGCACAGCACGCCCGGGAUGGCGGCGGCGCUGGCGAGGGCCUGCGGGGCCCGCCGGCUGGCCUUGUAUCAUUUCAGCCAGAGGUACAAACCUGAGAAAGUCGACGGGGGCGGGGGCGGGGGCGGAGACGACGACGACGGCGGCGGCUACGACGUCUCGGAGCUGCGACGUCAAGCUGAAGACGUUCUGCGCGACCACCACGUGGACGUCAUUCUGGCCGAGGACUUCCUCACCGUCGACAUUCCAUCACGCAGAGCUAAAUGAGCUCUCAAGACUGGAACAUAAAUGUCGUCUUCCGAAUCGUAACCUUCUCAGAAAGCGGAAAAGACGGAUCACGUGAAACUUUUUUUUUUUCCUUCAGCGAGAAGCAUCACAGACGUUAACUUCAGCUUCUUGAUGUUUGUUAAAAAAAUGUGGACAAUAUUACAUUCUCGUGUUAAAUUUGAGAUCCCAACCCCGUUUAGGAACCCGACGCUUGUUUUGAAACCCAUCCACCGUUCUCUUUUCCGCUUAUCCUCACGAGGGUGGAGGCUGGAGCCGAUCCCAGGUGUCAACGGGCAGGAGGCGGGGUACACCCUGAAGUGGUCGCCAGCCAAUCGCGGGGCACAUCGAGACAAACAACCAAUCGCACUCAGAAUCACACCUCGGGGCAAUUUAGAGUGUCCAAUGAAUGUUGCGUGUUUUUGGGAUGCGGGAGGAAACCGGAGAAAACCCAGGCAGGCUCGGGGAGAACAUGCAAACUCCACACAGCCAGGGGCUGGGAUCGAACCCUGGACCUCAGAACUGUGAGGCCAACGUUUUACCAGCUGAGUAACUGCCUAUCCAUUCUUUUUUUAUUAUUUUUUUAAAAUAUAGCUGUCUUGGAAAUAUGAAUACUUUUCCAUACACAUUGUGAUUUUUCACAUUUUUUCAGAGAGCAAAAUCGCCAAAAUGAAUUGACUUGUUUUAAAUAGAAUCUUUUUCAAUAUCGACAUGCAACGUGGUGCCAAAAAUUGUUUACACGGGACGAUAAAAAACAAAACCCCAUUAAUAAGUUUUUGCAGAAUCAUUUUCCAGAGCUUUUAUUUCUGGAUCUGUACACAAGGUAUUAAAGAAGAACAGAAAAUACAAAAGAAUGUCUAACAAAUGCAGAGAGAAAACAAACAAGCAAACAGAAUGUCUAUGUACAAUUCUUAUAAACAAUAAAGAUAACUUCUGUUCUGGAACAUU